AUGAUCCACCCCGAAGUAGCCGAUGGUCUAGAGCGUCUUUGGAACGUAAGAGCAAACUGCAUAUGGGAAGCCGAUGAAAGUAGUCGCCAUGGAGAGGUUUAUAUAUUCGACCAUUCGAUUCCUUCAUGGAAGGUUUCAAUGCAAAAUUUUGCAUAUGGCCAAACAUCUUCUGGCAAAACACACACCAUUUUGGGCAAUGAAACAGAUCCUGGGCUUUUCCAAUUAGUAUCCAAUCAGUUAUUCCAGCAUGUGGCAGACCAGGUUGAUAAGAGGUACUUGAUUAGAUGCAGUUAUAUUGAAAUCUACAAUGAAAAGAUCAAUGACCUCCUGGAUAAGAGCAAUCAGGGUUUAACUAUAAGAGAAGAUAUCAAAGGAAAUGUGCUGCUUGAUGCAAGAGAACCUGUCGUAGACAAUGUUGAUAAAGUUAUGGAGAACAUGAUGCAGGGCAAUAAGAUCAGACGAGUUGCAGCUACUCGCAUGAAUGAGAGGUCAUCUCGAUCACACACGAUUUUCCGGAUUAUUCUGGAGUCGAAAGAUGCCAAUCAGAAAGAUGGACCUGUACAUAUAAGCUACCUUAACUUAAUGGACUUAGCUGGUUCUGAGAGAGUUUCUCUGACGAAAGCUGCUGGUGAGCGUCUUAAAGAGGGGGCUAACAUAAACAAAUCUUUGUCAGUAUUAGGAAAUGUGAUAAGGCAACUAAGCGAGGGGAAGGAGUUUAUCAGUUAUCGCGAUUCGAAAUUGACUAGACUGCUCUCACAGGCUCUUGGCGGUAAUGCCAAAUCAUUGAUUAUCGGAAAUGAAUGUACAAAUUCAGAUGUAUAUGGAUCUGUAGUAAAACCUUUAGUCGAUUCCUUCAUGGAAGGUUUCAAUGCACAAUAUUUGCAUAUGGCCAAACAUCUUCUGGCAAACACACACCAUUUGGGCAAUAAAACAGAUCCUGGGCUUUUCCAAUUAGUAUCCAAUCAGUUAUUCCAGCAUGUGGCAGACCAGGUUGAUAAGAGGUACUUGAUUAGAUUCAGUUAUAUUGAAAUCUACAAUGAAAAGAUCAAUGACCUCCUGGAUAAGAGCAAUCAGGGUUUAACUAUAAGGGAAGAUAUCAAAGGAAAUGUGCUGUUGAUGCAAGGGAAGCUGUCGUAG